AUGGCGUUUUGGUGGCCGCUGCUCGUUUUAGCAUUUGCUUACGGCAUUUGUAGGUUCCUUCUCAUGCUCAUUCCUCCUAAGGUUCCUUCCAUCGACGUUGACACUUCCGACGUGCUGGACGAUGGAAACCACACGCAGGAGAACAGUUUCAUAUAUGUACCUCCUAGGGGAACGUCUCAGCAAUCAGGGAAGAUAGUUCAGUGCUAUGAGCCAGCAACUAUGAAAUAUUUGGGAUACGUUCCUGCAUUGACGCAUGAAGAGGUCAAGGAGCGUGUGGCAAAAGUAAGGAAGGCACAGAAAAUGUGGGCAAAGUCCAGCUUCAAGCAAAGACGCUUAUUUUUGCGUAUACUUUUAAAGUAUAUAAUUAAACAUCAAGCACUUAUAUGCGAAAUAUCUUCCCGUGAUACUGGAAAGACGAUGGUUGAUGCCUCUUUAGGAGAAAUAAUGACAACAUGUGAAAAGAUCAAUUGGCUACUGGCAGAGGGGGAGCAGUGGUUAAAGCCUGAAUACCGGUCUUCUGGGAGAUCAAUGCUUCAUAAAAGAGCUAAAGUAGAAUUUCAUCCCCUUGGGGUUAUUGGAGCCAUUGUUUCCUGGAAUUAUCCUUUCCACAAUAUUUUUAACCCUAUGCUGGCAGCAAUUUUUUCUGGAAACGGUAUUGUGAUUAAGAUAUCAGAACAUGCAAGUUGGUCUGGAUGCUUUUACUUCCGAAUCAUCCAAUCAGCCCUUGCUGCCAUAGGAGCUCCAGAGGACCUUGUUGAGGUGAUAACAGGGUUUGCUGAAACAGGAGAAGCAUUAGUAUCUUCUGUUGAUAAAGUCAUAUUUGUUGGAUCGCCUGGUGUUGGGAAGAUGAUAAUGAACAAUGCUGCUAACACACUUAUACCAGUGACACUGGAGCUUGGUGGGAAAGAUGCAUUUAUUGUCUGUGAAGAUGUAGAUCUGGAUCAUGUAGCACAAAUUGCUGUCAGGGCUGUUCUUCAGUCAAGUGGACAGAACUGUGCCGGGGCAGAGCGAUUUUAUGUCCACAGGGAAAUUUAUUCUUCUUUUGUUAGUAAAGUCACCAAAAUUGUGAAGUCUGUUACGGCUGGGCCACCGCUUGUUGGAAAGUAUGAUAUGGGAGCUCUUUGUAUGCAUGAGCAUUCUGAAAGGCUUGAUGGCCUAUUAAAUGAUGCUUUGGACAAAGGAGCUGAAAUUGUUGCCCGUGGGAGUCUUGGGCAUAUAGGUGAAGACGCAGUUGAUCAAUAUUUCCCUCCUACUGUGAUUGUGAAUGUGAACCACUCAAUGAGAUUGAUGCAAGAAGAGGCAUUUGGGCCAAUCAUGCCGAUAAUGAAAUUCAGCUCUGAUGAGGAGGUUGUCAGGCUUGCAAAUGACUCAAAGUACGGGCUCGGCUGUGCUGUUUUCUCAGGCAAUCAGAGUCGUGCCCGAGAGAUAGCUUCACAGAUACAUACUGGGGUAGCUGCAGUUAAUGAUUUUGCAUCAACAUAUAUGUGUCAGUCCCUGCCAUUCGGGGGAGUGAAACAUAGUGGAUUUGGACGAUUUGGUGGUGUAGAAGGUUUGCGAUCUUGUUGUCUUGUUAAAGCAGUUGUUGAAGAUAGAUGGUGGCCAUUUGUCAAAACCAAAAUACCUAAGCCUAUUCAGUAUCCCCUUGCAGAGAAUGGAUUCGAAUUUCAGGAGUCACUUGUUGAAGUGCUUUAUGGUCUUGGCACAUGGGACCGCUUGCGAGCAUUAGUAAACGUUUUGAAAAUGCUGACUGAGCAGAAUCCUGGUGGCAGCAGCAGCAGCAGCAGCAGCAAGAGAAGAAAUGACUGA